AUGGUCGUUUUCCUGUCCAUCCUUACGGUGACUGCAGCCUUGAAGACUGCCAUAUCCGUCGUGGGUACCGGUUUGUGGUUGAUACCUCUUCUUAUAGCCGGUCUCGCUUAUUAUCGCUACGAUUCACUCGAUCCCGAAUCCCGUCCCAUAGAUCAAUAUCCAUUGUACAAGGAAUACGAUUUUAUUGUGGUCGGCGGAGGUUCAGCAGGAGCCGUUGUGGCAAGUCGAUUGUCGGAAAUACCAGAUUGGAAAAUUUUACUUCUUGAAGCCGGACCCGACGAAAAUGAAAUAUCGGACGUUCCGGCUUUAGCUGCUUUUUUACAACUCAGUCGAUUAGACUGGCAAUAUAAGACUGAACCAACAGGAAAAGCCUGCCUCGGAAUGAAAGGCGGACGAUGUAACUGGCCAAGAGGAAAAGUCCUUGGUGGUUCGAGCGUUCUUAAUUACAUGGUAUAUGUUAGGGGUAAUAAAAAAGACUACGAACAUUGGGAAUCGUUGGGAAAUCCGGGAUGGGGUUAUCCGGAUGCGCUCUACUAUUUCAAAAAAAGCGAAGACAAUAGAAAUCCCUAUUUGGCAAGAACCAAAUAUCACUCGAGGGGAGGAUAUUUGACGGUUCAAGAAGCGCCUUGGCGAACGCCAUUAUCACUAGCAUUUGUUCAAGCAGGACAAGAAAUAGGAUACGAUAACGUAGACAUUAAUGGAGCUAGUCAAACGGGAUUCAUGUUGGCUCAGGGCACACUCAGAAGGGGAUCACGAUGUAGUACGGCAAAGGCGUUUCUAAGGCCGGUUCGACUUCGGAAAAAUUUACACACGGCUAUGAAAAGUCAAGUUAUUAAAAUUUUAAUAAAUCCUAAAAUUAAUAAAGCCUACGGCGUGAUAUUUAUUCGAAACGGCGUCAAACAAAUUGCCUAUGCGAGAAAAGAAGUCAUAAUGUCAGCAGGUGCCAUUAACACUCCACAAUUGUUGAUGCUUUCGGGAAUAGGACCCCGAGAACAUUUACAAUCGUUAAAAAUUCCAGUAGUUCAAAAUUUAAAAGUAGGUGAAAACCUUCAAGAUCACGUGGGUCUAGGUGGCAUGACUUUUUUAAUUGAUCAACCUGUAUCCAUUGUACAAGAUAGAUUUCAAACUGUGCCAGUGACAACUCAUUAUGUUAUCAACGAAAGAGGGCCUAUGACGAGUCUAGGCGGAUUGGAAGCUGUUGCUUUCAUAAAUACAAAAUAUGCUAAUAAAUCAGACAAUUAUCCGGAUAUUCAGUACCACUUUGCACCGGCAUCCGUCAAUUCCGAUGCAGGUCUUAGGGUUCGAAAGAUUUUAGGUUUGACGGAUCGUUUAUACAAUGCCGUAUAUAAACCAAUAGCUAACCACGAUGUAUUCACAAUUUUGCCACUCCUUUUAAGGCCUAAAUCGAGAGGUUGGGUUCGGUUGAGAAGUUCAAAUCCGUUUCACUAUCCGAUCAUUAACGCCAAUUAUUUCGAUCAUCCUUUGGAUAUCGCAACUUUAGUGGAAGGUACCAAAAUCGCAGCACAAUUAGGAGAAUCGAAAGCGUUUAGACGUUUCAAUAGCAGGCUUCAUAAAGCUCAGAUACCGGGUUGCCGACAAUUUCCGUUCGGAACGGAUGAAUAUUGGGAUUGUGCUAUACGCCAUAUAUCGAUGACAAUUUAUCAUCCCGUGGGAACGUGUAAAAUGGGACCCGAAUGGGAUCCGGAUGCCGUCGUCGAUCCCAGACUGAGAAUAUACGGUGUGAAAGGGCUUAGAGUGAUAGACGCGAGCAUAAUGCCGACGAUAGUGAGCGGAAACACUAACGCGCCCGUCAUUAUGAUCGGGGAAAAAGGAGCUGACCUCGUCAAGGAAGACUGGUUGCCAAAUUACAAAAGGAAAAUUAUAAAAAGAUAA